GGAAGAAAAAAUGACGACAAAUAUAACAUCAAAUAAUAAUAAUAAUAGUUCUCUCACUUCUAUAGAUGUCGAUGGUUCUUCGAAUCAGCAUUCAGAUCAUCAAUUAUCGGAAAGUAAUGACAAUAAUUCCAAUAAUUCUAUCUCGUCAACAAAUCAACAAAAUAAUGUUCUGACUUCGAAUGAAUUUGAUAACGUGGAUACUGAAAUUAAAAGUGAUAUACAAGAAACUACUGAAAAGAAUAAACAUCUUGAAGAUGAAAUCCUAAAACUUAAAACAGAAUUAGAAAAUUCUCAACAAAAGACAAUUGAACAAAAGCAAACAAUAAUUAAACAGGGAGCUAUGAUUAUAGAACUUCAAGACAGUAAAAAGAAGAUCGAAGAUGUUUAUACGAAAUUCAAACAACGAUUGAGGGAAAAAUCAUCAGAAGUUCAAUCAUUGAUACAAAGGAAUAGCGAACUAGAAAAUGAAGCUUCAAAUUAUCAAUCAGCACUUGGAGUUGCAACAAAUAUCAACAUUAGUGACGAUGAUAUAAAUCAUAACGUUCAACUUCACGACGAUGUCUUGUCAUUACAAGACAAGAUUGAUGACUAUGUAACAAAUUUAGGAAAAUUAAAUGUGAAUAUUAAAAUUGAUGAAAUUAAAAAACUUUUACCACGUUAUGGAUGUCAAAUCAAGAUCGAUCCGUAUAACGUGGAUAAACAAUUUAUUAAAGCUAUAUUGCGACGUCACGUGCUAGAAACAAUUUUUGAGUUUGCAAGAGAUUUUUUUUCUAAUAAUGAGGGGGAUAAUUAUCUCGAAUCAGUUGUCGUAAAAAAAACAGAUGAAUUAUAUGGACUGAUGGAAAAGUUCUCCUCUACUCGUGGUGGAACUGAUGAAAUAACAAAAGUUACACCUAUAAAGUUACGUCAACUAAUAUAUACCGCUCUUGGAAUGAGAGGUCUCGGGGACAUAAAAGAAUCAGAUAAAUCAGAUAACAUAUGUGUAAACAACUUUAUUACUGAAAAAUUCUCAGAAAAUCUUAACAAGUCAAUGGAUCAAUAUCGCGUUAUAACAAAUCCCAAAAAGAAAGAGAGUGCCGAUAGGUUGUCAAAAAUUCUUAUUCAGGAAGUUUUUAGAAUUUUUUAUUUUCGUUUAAAAAUACAGGAACCAAUAGCUCAAUAUCAUUGGUUUAAUUGUGGCGAUAAAGUUAGUAAAACUUCCAUGGAUACAAAUUGGGAUGAAGAUGAGAUUGACGAGUUAGUCGUUGAAUUAUGUACUUUUCCACUUAUUUAUCAAGUCAUUAAUUCAAAUCAAGAAGUUUUUACAUCUGCAAAAGUUUUCACUCGUCGUGUUCCUCAACCGAGUCCGAGUCUUAUACAAAAUGUUGGGUCCUUGUUCAAAGGUAUAACAGGCCUUUUAAGCAAUAAUUCAGAUAAUUCAGAUCAAGCCGAGCAACCAAAUAAUGAUUUUACCGUACAAAAUACCGCCAAUGCCACCGCAUCAGACGAUUCUGGUGAAUAUGAGACGGGUCAAGAAAAUGACGAGGAAGAUAUAGGAACAAAUACAACAAAUACGGUUGAAACUCCCCAAUAGAAAAUGAUUAGAUUUAUAAAUUAAAAGACGUACUUAUUCUUUAUUCUAUCUUAUUUGUUACUUUUUAAAAUUGAAAUUAUUCUAGCGAGUAUUUCCAUUGUUAUAUAUAAACCCAAAUUUUUUUUAAGAUUAUUUUCAGUGUCACUUUCUUUAUUUUUUUUUCUCACGAGAACGAUAUUAUAAAAUAAGUUUUAACUUUUGAAAUAAAAAUGAGAUCCUAUUCUC